ACGUUUCCGGAAGCCUGCCCUACAGCGGGAAAGUGUAAUGUUUACGUUCGACGAGCUUCGUGUGUGUGAAUGACAGUGACUAAAGUGAUUACAAAAUGGAUAAAGCGGACGGUGACAAAAAGCGCCCCCCACCAGUGAAGGUCUUAUCCGGUCAGUUAAGAACAGCGACUGUGACUUCCGGCGAGCCGAGCGGCGCCGGGUGGCUGGUGAAGCUGAGCGGGACUCGCCUCCUGCCGGUGUCCCUGGUGUGGAUGCAGGGCACCGUGAUGGAGGUCCAAGCGGAGCUCAACAGCGUGCUGCUCAUGGACGACACGGGCACGUUCACAGUCCAAGGCGUUAAUAACAUCCCUAAAGGGAAGCCUUGCUUGUCGUCAGGUAAAUACGUGAUGGUGAUGGGCGCCGUCCAGGCCGUCUCCCCGGAGCCGGUCGUCCGCGCCGUGAAGAUGGCGGAUCUCUCCGAGCGGGCGGAUCUCCACAGGAAGAUGUGGACCCUGGAAGUGGAGGAGCUGCAGCAGGUGUUAGUGCCAGGAUGAUCAUUUGGAACAGGUUUUUUUCCGGCCCCCGAGAUGAGUUUGCUUAGUAUAAAAAUGAGCAGAAUUUUUUUCGAAUGAAACGAACUGCUGUUUUAAACUGGAUUCAACAAUAGCAAAUCUUUGUAUCCACGCCUGACUUUGGAGGGGGCGGAGCUAUAAUUUGUGAUGGUAUACAAAAUGUGGAUUGUCACCUUGUCAAAUAUGUAGUUGGUAAUGUAACCUGCGACAUUUAUGCCAAAAUAAAGGCUUUAGACAAUCUGUA